AUGGUACCACCGGUGCAGGUCUCUGCGCUCAUCAAGCUUGGCCGCUACUCCGCCCUGCUCCUCAGUGUGGCCUACAGAGAGAGCCAAGCGCUGCAAUUACCUGAAACCCAGGCAGAAGAGGAGAGGAAGAUAGCAGCUGAGGAGGAAAAGAAGCAGGAUGAGCUGAAACGCAUUGAGAUAACCGAUGAAGAAAGCAUUCUAAAAUAA